AUGUUGGCACAAGGUCUUGACAAACGAACAUUGAAGGAUUUAGCUAAUGAUAUCAUUAGUCGCGAUUUUAACUGUGUACGCUUGACUUGGUCGACUCAUAUGUUCACUCGCUACUCCCACAUGACUAUCAUUGAUGUUCUAGACAAUCUUGAUAUUCAAAAUGUCAAAAGUGGAGUUCAAAAACACAACCCUAAGAUGUUGAAUAUGACAGUGGAUCAUGCAUUCAAAACUGUUGUCUAUGGCUUGGGCAAUGCAGGUCUCAUGAUUGUUUUGGACAACCACAUUAGCCAGCCGAGAUGGUGUUGCUCUCUCGAUGAUGGCAAUGGCUUCUUUGGAGACCGUCAUUUUGACACUCUUGAAUGGCUUCAGGGCUUGGACUAUGUUGCUAGACAUUUCACUUGGCAUUCUCAAGUGAUAGGAAUGAGCCUAAGAAACGAACUCCGAGGGCCAUAUACAAACAUGGACAAUUGGUACAAAUACGUGAAGGAAGGAAGCCACUUGAUCCACACAAAAAACCGUAAACUCCUAGUAAUAAUUUCAGGUAUAACCUUCGAUAACGAUCUAAGCUUCCUAAAGAAAAAGUCAUUAGGGUACAACUUGCACAAUAAAGUAGUGUUGGAGGCACAUUUGUACCCGUUCAGUGGGAGUGAGAAAUUACCCGAAAGCAAGUUUGUGAAGAAGCCAUUAAACAUAGUAUGCAACCAAGUGAUGGAAAAAUUCGAGAGAGAAGCUGGAUUUGUGGUGAACAUGGAGGAUGAACCAUAUCCAUUGUGGCUUAGUGAAUUUGGGUACGAUCUAAGGGGUGACAACAAGGCUCAAAACAGGUUCAUGAGUUGCUUUUUGGCUCAUAUUGUUGCCAAGGAUCUUGAUUGGGCUUAUUGGGCUUUUCAAGGAACUUACAUGUAUAGACAAGGUCAAGAAAGUGUCGAUGAAACUUUUGGUGUCAUGGAUAGCACUUGGACUAAUGAUCGAAACCCUCAACUCAAUCAAAUGCUUCAACUUGCUAAAAGAAUCAACCAAGAUCCAAAUUCGAAUGCAUCAAUGUCAUACAUAAUAUUACAUCCAGUAUCGGGACAAUGUAUCAGAUCAAAUGGUCAAGGAGGAAUUGUACUUGGUGAUUGCUUGACGCCAACACACUGGACCCACAGCGGAGAUGGAAGUUCAAUGAAGUUGUCGAACGGGCAAUGUUUGCAGUCGGCUGGAGAUGGCAAACCCCUCAUUGUCUCAGCCGAAUGCUCCAGUGACGGAAGCAAAUGGACGAUGGCUUCAAAGGCUAAGCUUCAAUUGGCCACCAAAAGCGGUGGAGAAAACUUUUGUUUAGAGAAGAAAUCUAAUACUAAAAUUGUUGUGAAGAGAUGCAUUUGCCUUGAAGAUGAGUUGAAUUGCUUUAACGAUCCUCAGCCCCAGUGGUUCAAGCUUGUUCCAACAAAUGUUGCUUAG